UGCUGCUGGAGGGUGAGGAUGGAACAGACGGUGCCAUAAAACCAUUUCCUCCCCUCCCUUGUGUUCCCCUGUGACACGGGGGAGUUCAGAUCCCGCUGUGGAUGGAUGGAUAUAACCUCAGGUGGUGCCUCACUCACCUGCAGCAGGACCACAGAUCAAGGCACGAAGCGCCCCAAAGAGACUCCCCCUGUUUCCCUCCACGCCUGAACAGUGUUAUCUGUCUCUUAGGCCUUGCUCUUGCUGCCACCAUAAUCCCUGAGGGCCUCCCAGACUAAUAGAUUGCCAGGGCGAGGGCCCCUCAUGGAGUCUUCUGCUCUCCUCCCUGCUCGGGUGUCGGGGAGCACCACCCGGGAGGCUCCCAGGGCUCUGUUCCUCUCCCGGGGCUCCGUCAUGUCGUGCUUCUCCCAGCUGUGGCAUUCCAGCACUCCGGACUCUCCCACCAGCCCGACCCCGGCCUCUCCCGGUGAAGUCCCCAUCCCCAUCAGCCCCAUCGUGGUGACCUCCCCAGGAGAUGGCAAGAGGAAGGCCAGAUCCCCCACCAGCUCCCCGAGCUCGCCCAACCCCACCUCUCCCAAGCCCACCUCCCCCGUGGAGUGCUCCAUCUGCUUCAACACCUACGACAACACCUUCAAGACCCCCAAACUGCUCCAGUGCUCCCACGUUUUCUGCCUGGAAUGCGUGGCCCGCCUGAGCACGGGGCUGCCCCCCAACCAGCCCGAGGACCUGCUGCCCUGCCCCUUCUGCAGGCAGCUCACCAACAUCCCCCAGGAAGGCGCUCCCGCCCUGGAGACCAGCAAGGAGCUGCUGGCCACGCUGCCCCCGGAGCUGCAGCGGGAGAAGGUGCUGUGGAUGGAGGGCACCAAGCUGUGCUGCCGCAGGGCCUCGGACGACGCCGAGAACCCCGAGUCCUGCAUCUCCAUCGACGUGGCCAUGAGCAAGCCCGAGAGCCCCGAGGCCCCUCCGAGGGGGCUGGCGGGGCGGUUGUCCCGCUGCGAGGUGUGCGACGACUGGAAGCGCAUCCUCCUCCUCUCCGCCCUCGUCAUCAUCCUCUUCUGCAUCAUCCUCUGGCCCGUGCAGUGCGCCCUGAAGACGGGCAACCUGCGCUGCUUCACCAGGACUGUGGCCACCAUGAGCAGGCCCGAGUACCUGCCCCCCAAACCCACCGCGGCGGCGGCGGAGGCGGUGACAGAUCCCCCUCUUUUCCAGUAGCAGCCCCUGGCUCUGCUCGGCUCUCAGGGGAGGAGCAGCAGGACCUGCUGCCCC